CAGGCCGCGGCGCGAUCAUUUGCAUAGUGAGCGCGGGGGUUUGUGGGAGCGAGCGCCGGGCUGACAGCUGCUGCCUCCCGAUGCGCCUUGAGGGACCUCAGCGCCCAGGUCUGCUGCAGACGUACAGUAAAUGCAUGUUGGCCUCCCCUGACCUGCUGGACUUAACAGAAUUCUAGUGUGGAGCAUUACUGCAAACUCUUUUUAAAGUGACAAAGGCAUGAAUGGGGAUUUUCAGCAGCAGGUAAGCUGGUCCAGCGAGUGACUGUGAUGCUCUGGAGGUCCAAAUAGACGGUCUUGGUGCUGGAGAGGAUAUGGGAGCUCGUCUAAGGGGUAAAUAGGACGCUAAGGUUGCGAAAGGUCUGGUUCAGCUUCAAACAAGGGACAGGAUUGUGUUACCGACCAUGUCCAAGGCUACAGACAGAUCGAAACGCUAACUGAUCUCACUAAGUUUUAAUAAUGGCUGAUACUUCCACACAUAAACAUUGAGCUAUAGACGUGGUCAUACAAUACAGUGGACUCUCUGCUUGAGGUACGGCCUACUGAUUGGAUAUCAGGUUCAAGGGGAAACAAAUUUCUGAGAACAGCAGCUAUUAAAUAUUAAAUAGCAUCAUCAGUUUGUGAGUCAAUAUGGAUCAACAGACGGCUCCUGCCAUCUUACUGAGUGUGAUGGAUCAUAUACAAGUAUCUGAAUUGGAAGAGUCAGUGUUACAGAGCUUAAUAACCCCAAGCCCUCGAAGUGAAAUGGUUGCCCAUGAAUUCCAAGAGCUUACACUGCAGCCAAACCCGCACCUACCUCCUUUGAACGAGAGGAAGAAUGUACUUCAAUUAAAGCUACAGCAAAGACGGACAAGAGAGCAGCUGGUGGACCAGGGAAUCAUGCCACCAUUGAAGAGCCCAGCUGCAUUCCAUGAACAAAGGAAGAGUUUAGAACGAGCAAGGACUGAGGACUACCUGAAACACAAGAUACGAAGUAGGCCGGAGAGGUCUGAACUGGUCAGAAUGCACAUAUUAGAGGAGACCUUGGCAGAACCUUCGCUGCAGGCCACUCAGAUGAAGCUAAAAAGAGCCAGACUGGCAGACGAUCUAAACGAAAAGAUCGCUCAGAGACCAGGUCCGAUGGAACUUGUGGAAAAGAACAUUCUUCCUGUAGAUUCCAGUUUAAAGGAAGCAAUUAAAGUUGGCCAAGUCCAUUACCCCAAAACCUUAGACACAUUCUCAUUUGAUGAUGACAGCUGUGAUGCCUUGUCUCCAGAGCAGCCUGGGAGCCAAGAGUCACAAAGCUCAGCUCCUUCUCCAGGGGAAACCAAAGUGAGUGAGUCAUCAUCCUCCUCAUCGUCACCUGUACCAAACACCAUUAUUCAGUACCACCCACAGCCAAUGCCUGAUUUCCUGAAACCUGCCCCUUUACCUGAUCAGCAAGGUAUACGUUCAGUAAGUACCACACUGUCCACAAGUACAGCUGCCUCAACGAAACCUGCUCCAACCCUAAUCAAGCAAAGCCAACCCAAAAGUGCAAAUGAUAAGAAUCGGAGCAAGAAAAAUAAGGAUCUGAAACCCAGAGUAAAGCAGCUGAAAUAUCACCAGUACGUUCCACCAGACAAGAAGCAUGAGAAAAUUGAACUUCCCAUGGAUACAAACUACUCCCGGCUCCUGCAACAGCAGCAGCUUUUCCUCCAGCUGCAGAUCCUGAGUCAACAACAGCAACACUACAAUUAUCCGGCCAUUCUCCCUGCACCACCAAAAUCAUCUGAUGAUAACCAGACAACCAACAGCAUAACCACAUCCACUACUCUGGCUGACUGCACACCAACAUUGUCAUCAUCGUCAUAUGUCACACGGCACAACAAUGCACCAUGCAGGAAGUUGGGAACUCUUCCCCCUAAUCUGGAUGACAUGAAGGUGGCAGAACUGAAGUUAGAGUUGAAGUUGCGAGGGCUCCCAGUGUCUGGUACUAAAAUGGACCUUAUAGAGAGGCUGAAAUCAUACCAGGACUUAAGCAACACUGCUGUUGGUGCAGCAGUAGUGACAGCCUCCAACUCUGCUAUUGCAAGGAAUCAGACCACUGCAGCUUUUCCUAUUGCUGCUAUUAGUAAUGCCACAAACACCACAGAGGCAACCAUUACCACAGCGUCAAAUAAUCUACAAUUCUAUGAAAACGCAGCCUCGCCGUCUCCUACCUCUCCAGCUCCCUCAGAACAGUCUAAUGUGAGCACCGACGACAGCAACCUUACAGAUAUGUUUACUGAGCUGGUGACAAUGGUGUCUCCUUCACAGCUCACAAUUCAUGCUUCACCUGUGAAUACAACUGUUAAUGAAGACAGCAUAGGGGUGAGCCGGGCAACAAAUAAUGCUACUCCUCAGGGUGCCAGUUUGCCGAGUGUGGAAAUUGAUGCUGCUGAAAAGGACCGAAAGCUUCAGGAGAAGGAGAGGCAAAUUGUCGACCUCAAGAGAAAACUUGAGCAAGAACAGAAAUUGGUGGAGGAACUAAAGAUUCAGUUGGAGAUUGAAAAACGAUGCCAGCAGCAACAAUCUGUGACUGCGAAUCAGAAGCACUUGAACAACCCUGUCAAAGAGGAGAACACGCUCUCCAACUGUCCUAUUUCAAGACAGCCCACACCAGCUCCCAACCAACCCUUGGGUCCACCAACCAUUACAAACAUUGGGACAUGCAGCCAGAAUGCAAUGCAGCGAAAUGCUUUGCUUGUGAAACAGGAAGCCCCACUGGCAACAGCUAAGCAACAGAAUGCAGUGUCUCAGUUUUAUGUAAGCCCACCAAGACAAACACCAACUACAGCUAUAGCCCAGGCUCAGCCUCACGCUUUGCUGACCACUCAGACAGGAACUCAGCUGUUGCUCCCGUUGGCCAUCCAAGCGCACGAUACAAAUCUCUGCAGCGACUCGAAGAACCUGCACGCAGGAAAUGUUCAAUUGCAGUCUCAUUCACAAGCCACGGUGCAGAAACCAAUAGCAGUCCCGACCUCUACUGCAGUGCAGCCUUCAGGCCCUCAGAAACAACCACAACCACAAGAUUCUGUGCCACAACGUAGUUUGACCCAGAACCCACAGAUUAUUGAGGUUUUUACAUCCACAUCAACGACCAAUGCAUUUCCAAAGCACAUUCAAACAGCAGCAACAGUGCAGCAAUGUUUCAUAAACACUUCAACAGGUAAUGUGCAUCAUCCAAGGAUAAGCAACGUUAAUACUCUCCUCAAUGGACCCAACUGUACACACAAGUCUGGAUCAUCCACUUCCCCACCUCAGUCCCAGCAACAGUUAGUAAUCCAACACUCGGUCUUCAAUAACUCUGUUUCGAAGACAAAAGAUCCUCCUCGAUACGAGGAAGCAGUCAAGCAGACUCGCAGUUUAAAACAGCAGGAGGUGUUCAGCGCGCACAGUCAGCAGAUGGAUGAUCUUUUUGAUAUCCUAAUUGAGAGUGGAGAGAUUUCACCAAUUGUAAAAGAAGAAGCAUUACCCGCUACCAAGAUGAGAGCUGUUGUAGCCAACAUCUCCUCCUUGCCUGUAAACUCAGCGUUGUCUCGACCACCACCACGAGUUCAGAUGGCACCUCCACCGCUGUCGCUUGAAUCAACAAAUGAUCUCUCGGUUGGUUCAGAAAAUCAAUUGGAGGCCUUUCUGGAUGGUACAUUGUCAUCUGGUGCCAAUAUUCCGCAAAUGACAGUCAGCCAAGAGGGCUCGGACACUCUUCCUUUAAUGGAGGAUCUUCAGAAUGAUCUACUGAAUACGCCCAACAUUCUGGACCAGCAUCAUUCUGCUAUGGAUACCUGUGAUAUGCAUUUCACUGCAGAAAGUUCUUGCCUGAACUUGGACCUCCAAGACACUAACUUGGACAAUAUGGACUGGCUGGACCUGACGAUGCCUGUUUCAAGUACAGGACUCACUCCCAUUAAUAGUGCUGCUCCUAGUGUGUUUUCCACUGAUUUUCUGGAUGGUCAUGAUCUUCAGCUACAUUGGGAGUAAUACAGCCAGGCUUUUAGUGGCACCUGAACAAAAUCAAUAUGCUUUCUUGGUGUUGUGUGUCAAUCGUCUAGUAAUGGUUAGUACUCCAAUGUAGUAACAAAACAAGCCAAGUUGAGAUUCUCUGGUCCAGUCCACUUUAUUGUCUCUAGAUAGAUGAGUGGGCAGUGAUUUAAAAAAAAGUGAUGAUUCAGGGCAACUGACAAUCCUACAGUGUGGCCAUUUUAAGGCUUUGUACUUUAAUGUAACAUUUUAUUCUGGUGUCAGUGGUAAUUACUGUUCUGUUGAAAUGAAGAUUGAAAUUGGAAAGAAUUUCUUCUUCAUGCAAGUGAACUUUCCUGUGGGUGGCCUGAGCCAAAAUGCAUGGUAAUUGUGAAGUUUAUUACACUGGCUGGUUCAGUGACUUUUUAAUCAGUCUGAGUGAAGUAUUCCAAUCUUUUGAAUGCGGAGAUGUUUUUGAACUAGUUAAUCUUUUCCUACUUUGUACAUUUUGUUUUAAUGUUCUUUUCAGUAAUGUUUUCAUCUAUUUUAUUACACAAAGAAGAUAUGAUGGUCCUGGUCCAGGGGAAAAAUCUUCCAGUUUAUAAUGACCACGGAUACUCAACCUGUAGUAGAUUUCUGGGUGUAAUUCUUGGAUCACUGUUAAUUCUGCAAAACCAUGAAAGUACAAUAUGUCAACCGGAAGUUUGUCUCUGUUACUUCAGGCAAAUAAUUUUUCACUGGAAUCCGUACAUUUUGGUACUGAUUAAUAAGCCUGUGGCAUCUUUUCUCUAACAGUCCACCUGCAAAUUUUCAUAUUUAAUCGGCACCUUCAGUAUACGAAGGUGGACAGGGGGCUUGACCCGCCACCCCCCACUCCUCCCGUAAUAUUUAACCAAAAUGCAAAAAGAAGAAUGGUCAGGAUGAAUUAGUCCAAUGCCAAACAUGUUCCCAUGCCUUUUUUGUUAAGUAUGAACCUGAUCUUACAAUCAACCAGGAAAAAGGGAUUUGGCAAUAUUUACAUUCAUGACGUGUUUUUUUUAAUGAAACUGAGUUCAUUGAAUCGUUUUUGGAGGCCAUUCCAAAUUACAGGCAAUUCUGAGAAUGCAGUAGUGCUAACGUAAUACGCUCUUUCAGUAAUUAGGAAAAUACCAGCAUAGUGUUUGAACUAGUAACUUUUAAAGGGCCAUAUUUUAGAAAAUCCAUUGGGAGAGCUUUUUUCAGUUGUUUACAAGCUAAGAGAUAUUGAAACACUUGAUGUUAUUGCCUUGUGAUCUCCCCCUGACCAAGCUGCUUCAUGGUUCUGCUCUUUUCCACCCCCCCCCCCCCUCCCCCAGAAAUGGAUUUGCCAAACACUUUAUGAAGGAAAACAUGAAGUGAUGUGAGUAAUAUUAUGAAAUGUAAUGUGUCCUUAUAAUGGGAAUGAUUUCGGUUAUCAACCAAAGGCUGCAAAAUGUAGGAAGUGCAGAUUUUUAAUCAAAGGCUGCAAAUUUUAAAAUUAAAGCAGGGUUAAGAGUUUUGAGGAGAUGUAAUUGUCUAUAUUUUACAUGUGAAUUAAAUGUAGUACAAAAAAAUGUAAAUAUAUAAAUUGAAACGAAAUCAUUGCCUUCACCAGUUCAGGAAUCUCAAAAAUAUUCAGACGAUGCAGCAUUUAGCAGAAUGUGAGUGGGUAAUUGAUGUCACUCUGCUCCCGGAACGCCCUCAGGAAUGAUUUCUAUUCAGAUGGUUAAUUUCAGAGAAUGCAGGAUUGUCUUCUCGUGUGAAACAUAGUGCAACCCACAGUCUAAAAAGUCACAAAUUUGGAGUUUGAAUGUUUUUGUUGUUUAAAGCUACUUAGCUGUGGAGAUUCCCAUAAUGAGCCCUCUUGUUCUGUUUGCAGUGAAAUGAUCUUUGAGGGAUUGCUGAUUAGGCCAAUUGUUUAACAUUUCUUAUAGUCCACAUUUAUGGUUACAUAUGGAAAUCUGGGUGAGCAAAGAAGCACAGAGCAAAUUGAAAGCCAAAUGUUUCAUUGCCAUAGAGUAUCUUGUCAAAGUAACACUAAUUACAUAAUUGUUUUUUCUGUGUAUUUCUGCACAGCUUCUGAAAAUCGAGGUCAGUAAUGUGACGAUGCCAGUAUUUCAGAAGUGUAAACCACUACUAAACCAACAGCAUCCAACAAACAACACCAAAGUAUUACUGUAGCUAAGAAACAUCUCUCCAUGUUUAGUGUCCAGCUUGCAGCUUAUGACUUUGUUCUUGAAAAUCUUAUCCCACUCUCAGAUCACCGCACAUACACGACCUCUCACAGAAGGAAGCUGCUGCUAGGUGUCUGCCAGUGCUGCACCGAUUAAUUUUACACAAAGGUAGAGUGCAGGAGGGCUGAUGAUGGACACGUCAGGGUGAAUUUUGGUGGGUGGCUGGCGAUCCCAACAUUGGCCUGGAUUGUGGGUCACUGUCACAGCAUUGACCUUGGCAGGACGUCGGACACAAGCUUAUUACUUGGGGCAGCAGUCGAUUUACAGAUUCAGGAGGUCUGUUCAGCAUGACCUGUGGACAAGGACCACUGGCCUCCUUCGCGAUGGGGCCAGCAGCGAGAAUGGCAGUCGUUGCCCCAGAAGCUCCUUCAGUAGGGGUGCAGCUGCCACCAUUGCCCCAAGAGUUAAGAUUAGUAGAGACCUCAGUCACCAUGAAGUGGCUGCGAUAACAGACCUUCUGCUCAGGGUGACCUGAGCUUUCCUGCCAACAGAUUGAUUUAAAAAAAAAACUUGGUGUUUUAUAUUUCGUACCUCCCUGCUGCCUCCACUCUUUCCACACAGGCUCCUCACACAGCGGGAGACCUGGGCUCUCUCGGGGAAAUUUCGAUCCAUUGCCAGAAUAGGGACCGACUGCCCUAUAAGUAUCCUAAUUGGCUACUACUGGGCAGGUGGAUGUUGCCACCAGUAGUCCAUCUCCAUGAAAAGCACAUGGUGGCCUGAAUAUAUCUGAGUCGACCCAAUGUGAUUCCAUCAAAAUUUCUACGCUUCCCGCCCCUCCCUCCUAUACCUCCAAAUCUGGCUCCACCGGUUUCGGGGAAAUUCAGCCAAUCACCUCAGAGCAGUUAACUUUCUUGUAUUUGCUCAAACAGGUAACUGCGUAGAGUAUUUACAAAUUUACCCUUGUGCGCUAAGAAAGAAGCAGUUGCCACAGACUCAAAGAGUAGAUAUUUUUUUGAAAGAAACAUGAAGGAAUUUUAUAUUUUUGUGCCAGAAUAUAUUUUCUCAUUGUUGUUGGAUUAAUUUCCCAAAUGUGGUGACAUUAAAUAGGUUUAGCACUAGAUUUAUUAUUUAGGAACUAUUAUGGGUGGCCUCUUGAUUUGAAAGGGCCAAGGUGUUCAGUUAUUUGAGAAAACAAAGAAUUUAGUGCAGGACUGCAAUUCAGCAAUGGUCUGUUCCUCCAUUAUCUACCCGACAAUUAAUCCAAACAAUGGAAACCUACCUGGUGAGAGUCUCAUUGCUAAUUGUUGAUUAUUGUCAAUUAGGCAGCUUCUCUUAUUGAACUGUGCUGAAAUAUAAGCUUGCCAAGUGGAAACCAAUGAUGGAAGUUAAAGCUUCAUGUGGUAAACAUGAGAUAUAUAUUUUACAAUAUAUUGUGUGGUUAGGGAAAACACAGGGUAAACUAGACUUGCCUAUGAUCCUGGAACGUAAAUUGAGCAAUUACCAAAGAAAAAAAAACAUGAUUUUUAACCCCUGAAUACCAGUUAUAAGUACACCUCCACGGUAGAGUACACUAGAUGUUAGACAUUGCUUAUAAUAGGAAUGCAUUUUGUAUAAGAUGUUUUUCAUAGCCACACUGUCUUAGCAUCUCAAUUUAUUAUAAAUUGCUGACAAACUCCAAAAUUGAAAUCUUGUACAUUUUAACACUAGGUAUUUCAUAUAGCCUUUGGGGGUCCAGGAAGAAUGUAAUGUGUUUCUUCUAUAUCAUACCACGAUGCCUUUGUAAUAACUAUUUGCACCCAUGAGAAAUUCCAUAUCAUGUUCAAAUACCAUAUGUUUUGCACAUUUGUAUAUAUGUAAUGCAUAUUUUUAUAUGUGUGAGUACAUUUAUCCGUAAAAGCCUUGUAAAUAUUGGCAGUGUUGGUAGUUUCUGAUGAUAUGUAUCUCAGCAAUUUUGCAUUACUGCUGUGUUUCAAUAAAAUGUUAAUGUCCUGUGAUUUGCAUUCCAGUGCCCGCCUUAGAUAAUCUCUGUUUCUGCAAUACUAGUUACUCUGCCAAAUGUAAACACAUGGAGUGCAUGCAUCCUGUGGGUGACCCCUUUGCAAAUCUGUACUGGAUGCACGUGGCUUUCACACGUGUGCUUGUCCAAUAUUUUAGUAGGGAAACUGAAAAUAAAGAUUGUUUAAGCUGC